AUGCCAUCAGAACGUAUCGCUGGAUACCGUCUGCGGCAGAGUGAUUUGGCGGCAUUCCUUCGAAAAACCUUUGGCAGCCCUUUCGAGUUUCAGAUCAGGCUUCGAAAUGAUCAAUACUCCUUCAACGUUCCGCGGAAGCUCACAUCUGUCAACAAUAUGGACGAGUUCGCCAGAUCGUGUUCCCGUGCCGAGCAAUACCCUCGAAAUCUGCUCAACGCCAGCACACCUGUCUACACUCGGCAAGCCAUUGAGGACCAACUCAACCAGCGGUCGAGGCAGCUAUUCUGUGAUGAGAGCGUAGCAUCAAGCAAACACAGGCCUUCUUUGAACGUUUUCGAGGGCUCUGGUCAUAGCUUCAGAUCUUCCAACCUGAGCACUUUGCAGGCGCUUCAAACCCAUCUGGCGGCACAUGAUCAAGAUAAUGAGAUGAGAUAUGUCUCGAUCGAAGCGCCGCAUUCCUGCGAGAUGCUAAAGCUCUCCAGGCAAAUGUUCAAUUACCUCAUGACCUAUCAUCAAGUAACGCCGUUCUUCGUCGAGUUCGUCUUGCCCUUCGGGAGAAGAGACUACAAACAAGACUUUCCACACUGCGGAUUUCGAAACGUCAGCAGAUUACACAAGACCGAAGCCAGCGUAUCCACCCCUCAACUUCGAAUGUCUAGACGGCAAAUCGAGAUCAGCUACAGCCUGAUGUCCGUCGAACCCGAUACUGAUUUGAACGACCCUACCAAGAAGCGGUGGUCCAUUCGCAUGUGUAGCAUCUAUCACGCUUUCGAUAUUGAGACCGGCAAAACCACCUGGAUGACCGUGAAAGGCAACAGCGGCAUUCGAAAGUUACUGGAAACUCAACUCGCCGAAAAAUCCGGAAGCAAGAAUGCAACAUAUAACGUUCACCGCAGAUUCAAAGAUACCCUGGAUGUGCACUUGAUGCUGGUUCAAUGGGCCGCGGAAUACUGGCAUUCUUACAUCAGCCACAUUCAAGAAGACCUUCAAGAAAGGACCCGCCACGCAAAUUCAAUCUCUGUGCAAUCUUCGACUAGCACCGAGAGCUUGAAGCAAAGAAUGCGUACACUGGAUUACUUGUACUCGGCAAAUGUCGACAAGCAGCGACCACAGUUCAUCAUACCCUUCAGACGCAUGUUGCGUAGACUUGGAUCGACCAAAGCCAAAGAAGAGGGAGUGGUCAGCGGUGCGAUGGAAAUGACUGCUGAGCCAGAGCCCAUCGACGACGACUCAGAACGCUUCUGCUUUGACGAUGUGCAGGAUGUUCAAACGCUCGGAGACAGAGCAACGGAAGUCAUGGUGGCUUUGAGAACGAAUCGCAACGUUGUCGAUUCUUUGGCCAGAGGAUAUCGCUCCAUGGCUCCAUUUCUGGACCCAGACUGCACCGAUGACAUCGAAGACUUCGCACGCAAAGUGCAGGAUGUCACGUCCCACUUCGACAUGCAAAAGUCCAACGCCGACACUUUGCUAUCGUUUAUCAAUGAACGAAAGACCCAGCUCUACGCUAUCUUGCAGUAUGAGAAUAUGGAGUCCAGUCGAGAUCUGGCCGUCAAGGCUCAUGUUGCUACGUGUGCGAUGCAGCUCAUGACGCUGGACAUGCAAGUUGUUACGCGCAAGAUGAAGAGCGAAGCCAUUUCGAUGCGGGUCAUCACGCUCGUGACUCUGUUCUUCUUGCCUGGCACGUUCAUAUCUACUUUGAUGAGCACUCCGAUUGUCUCGUUCGAAACCGACAGUGACGGCUUUUCCUCUCGCAACAUCGGGCAAGGCGCUCUACAGUUCUAUGUGGCCAUUAGCCUGCCUCUAAUGUGUUUGACGUUCUUUGUGUGGCCUGAUGACUUUCCACAAGUGCCUCCGGAGCCGGCUUUCUUUGAAAAGUUUCGACAAGAACAAUGGCGUUUCUUUCCGGUUACCAUCCCUCGGGACCCAGCUGUCAAGUUCCAGAAGGAGAGGCCUCUGCCGAUUGUGGAAAGCCAGUUGUUGGGGGAAAGCGAGACGGCGAAUCUUUACCGUGUCAAAAUACAUCGAGAAUAUGACAGCAACAGCGUCCCUAACGAGAGCAACGAGUACAAAGAUUACGCCUUGAAGACCUACAUUGGAAAGCGAGCCGAAAAAUACUACCGUACAGAAGUCGACAACUUCGCAAAGCUUUGUCUGGUGCAUCGAGAGCCUCCACAGGGACUCAUUCGUUUCCACUGCGGCUUCGAACACAACGACACGUUCAACCUGCUCCUGGAUUAUGCCACAUUUGGGAGUUUACGAGACCUCUUUGAGAAGGAAGAACCGCCUUCCUCAGGGCAAGACAUCGUUCGACUCUGGGAGCGAUUCUCGAUGUGCAUCCAAGCAUUGAACAGGAUACAUGAACUUGAUCUGUCAGAAGACGGGUCUAGGGUAUUUCAGGGGUGGCACCAGGACAUUCGACCCGAGAACAUCUUGAUACAUAGAUGCGGCGACUACACAGCACCUCAUGAGUUUCAGUUCAUGCUGGGUGACCUCGGCUUAAGCCACUUUGUUCGCAUGUGCCGUAGCAAAGAUGAUCCAGUUGCCCUUGAUACGGGGGGCACCCGCACAUAUGGUGCGCCCGAGCUGUACAGACACUCCGAUUUUGAUGCCAUGAGACGUCUCUUUCCGACUCGCGCUAUUGACAUCUGGUCCCUGGGAUGCGUAAUGCUGGAUCUCUGCGUCUGGAUUGUCCGUGGUAGACGAUACCUUGAAGCAUUUGGUUUGCGCCGCGAAGAAGCGAAUGACAAGCUAGGAACGCUGGCAGGAGACUGCUUCCAUGACGGAUAUCAACCUCACCCCAGUCUCUCGACUGUCGUGUACGACGAGAUGAGCACUUUGCUUGACGAUAUGAGAGUCUCUGACCAUAUCACCGAGCCAGUGCUCGAGAUCACAAGACGCAUGCUUCGACCAGAACCGAAGCAACGUCCAACGGCCCCGGCAGUCCUUGCAGAUAUCGAGAGUGCGAUCAAAGCAGCCAAGGAGCGAUGCAACGACUGGUACGCGAGACCGCGAACUCGUUCUGGGUCGAGUCCACGCAGAAACUCCGCCUUCGAAAGCAUUCGCACUCAGAACCAAGACAGUGUUCGUUUGAUACAAUCCCCAGUAUUGGCAUCGACCGCCGCGACGAUUCCAUUCCCCUCUCUGGGAACAGAUUUAUUCACAAAACAGCCAAAUGUUCCCUUUCCUGAGAGUCACUUCGCUAGUGGCAUCACUGGGCUAGGCCUACCUAUGAACAACGACUUCCACGAGAACGCUCAGCCAGAUCUUCAUACGCUUCAGUCUUCUCCCCUGAUCGUUACGUCAAAGCUGGCGACAGACAUUGAAGAGGACGCCCAGAGGCCCAAGCGAAGGCCACACGCAUCGAGCUCGCCUGGUCCGCAGAAUGUAGAGUUUCUGAUGGUCAACAGUGAUUCCCAAGCCAAUUCGAACCGACCUGACCGGGUAGAGCCUGUCGAAGGAAGACGAUCUUUCAGUCCAGAGCAAAACAAGAAGCCUCGGCGUCAGAAUGUCCCUUACCUCUCACGAGACGACGUUAUAAAAUGGAUGGCGGCGAAGAAGAGGUUCUUCGGACAGAAGCCACCCCUCGACUUCGACCAUUAUCGCAGAUGGUUAAAUACGCGGGAUCACGUCUUCCUCCUGGAUGACUCCCGAACAAUGUCAACCUACACAGAACACGUUACGACCCUCCUCAGCCCCUUAAUAUACACCGUAAAAGAACACGACCCAGACGGCGUGGAAGUCCACUUCACCAUUUCCACAAGCACCCGACAGUCCAAAAAAUCCUCUGUGCUGAUGGACCAAGUCGAACGCCACAAAUUCGAAGGCAAGACCGAUAUCAGCGUCCGCCUGGGCCAGAUCCUUCGAAGAUAUCGUGUCGCGCUGGAAGACAAGCGCUUGGCGCAUCAGAGUGUAAGACCGUUGAGUAUAUACAUUCUGACGGAUGGGGUUUGGGAGGGAGGACGGGAUGCUCAGACGCCGAUUCGGGAGCUCAUUGCUGUGAUGAAGCAUUAUGAGUGUGAUCGGAAACAGGUCGGGAUACAGUUUAUAAGCUUUGGGAAUGAUGAGAGGGGGUUGCAGAGGUUGGCGGAGCUGGAUCAGUUUGGGAAGCAGGCUGAUGUUGGAUUGGACAUUGUGGAUACUGAAAGCUCGCUGGGGAACGUAUGGAAGAUGCUGCUGGGUGCGAUUGACAAGACGUUUGAUGAUGAGUUUAGCGAUGGGGAGGCGGUAUAG